ACUGGGUACGUAAUUCAAAACUGUCAUUUUUGUAUAGAUUUUUCCGAUUUUUGAAACAUUGAGCAAACUUUACUCUAAUUUGAAUUAAAAAAACGAAAUUAGCAUUACUGUAUUUUUCGUAUUUUCAAAUAAAGGUGAAAAUAAAAAGUGUUUUGGUAUCUGUUUUUGCCAGUAGAUCCUUCGAGUUUUGAUUCGAAAAGAUGCGUAGCCGAACUGAACUAGUCACCACGCAGCUAGAAGGCUCUGAGUUUGAGGAAGAAUCUGAUUUCGAAGAUUCAGAAGAGGAUUGGAAACCGGCCAAAGACGAUCCGAAGUCGAAGGUAAAAAGCCCAGGCCGAACAAAAAAAGCAACUGCAACCAACAAGAACGGUACGAAGAAGCGCGGUCGUAAACCAGCUAAGAAAACAAAAAAGAAAACUAGUUCUGACGAGGAUAACGGCGACGAAGAUUUCUCGGAACAACUACCAACACCAGCGAAACAAGUGAAAAAAACGCCCAAGAAACCAGUCGAGAAAGUUCUUCAGGUUAAUCCAUCAGCAUCAACAUCGGAAAUCAAAUCUGAACCAACCACAUCUGCCACUGCUUCGCCAAAGCCACAGCCUCUCCAGCGUAAACUUGUGACACCCUUGAAAAGUUUUCCGGACAAAGGCGGAUUUUUGAAUCUGUACAUUUUUAAAGGAGAUUUGAAAGACGGAAUCAUAAAUAACCAGCAACUAUGCUUGUGGCGAAGAGAUGGCUCAAGCUUACUUCAAAAAUACCUGCGGGACAAAUCUAUUACAUCUGAUAUUCCACAGUUCAAUUCAUCAAUGGUGUAUUCUUGUUGGGAGGAUAAACGUGCCGAAGAAUAUCUCGAGGUCAAGGUCAAAUGUAUCGAGCAGACCAAGCAAAUCCGGGUGGAGUUAGUCGAUGGCGAGGAGUUAGAAGCGAAAUCGAGAUCCGAAUAUGACAACUAUGUAGCAGUGUAUGGAGUUCCUCCUGUACGAACAAAUUCACAGAAGGGUGGCGACAAUCCCAGCGUUGCUGCUGAAGAUGAAGAUGAAGAAGACGAUGAUGAAUACGACGAUAUAGAGGAUAACGAAGAAGAGGAAGAAGAGUAAAAUUUACAUAAGAUAUGAGAUUCUGGAUUAAAGUUUUUUUAGAAGACGAGAAUGGUUUUAGUAAUUGGAACCAGCUUGGUGUAAUCACUGUUUUGCAUCGUAUAUUCUUCCUUUCCAUGGUCCCAUAGUGUAUUACGAAGCGAUAAAGAUAAGCAUCCUAAAAAUUAUAAACAAUAAUAUAUACUAGAAGGAUGUGCCAGAUUUACUGAUUCAAACUAUUUCAACCAUUAACUGUAACCGAUAAGUAAUAUUCAUUGUUUUAAAUGGAAAUAUCAAUCUGUAGUGUGGACGGAAAACAAUAGAAAUAAAGUUUUUUUUCUGGAA